CUAUCUCUGUCUCUGCCCUCUGAUCUCUGUCCCUUUUUCUACCUCUCAGUUUCAUAGCCUCUUUCUGGCUCUUCAAGUCUCUUUCUCAAUGUCUCCAUCUCUAUUUCUGUUUCUAUCCACCUUUUUUCCUCCUCAUUAUUCUUCCCUUCCUCAUUGUCCUCUCAGGACCUUGAGAACUGGGGUACUAGGGGAAGGGAGGCUGACCACAGGAAGGGGUUGGAGUAUGUGCAUGUGUUCAUCAGAGUUUAAUGCAGCCCUCUCCCCCAUGCCCCGCCCUAUGCCUGGAGCCCCGCCUGGGGGUGGACUGCGGCUGGAAGCUGUGAUGGAGACCCUACAAAGGCAGCAGGCAGCUCGAUUAGCUCAAGGUGCGAUUCCACCCCCACCUCCUCUUUCAAACCCCCCAUCCCUGCCUCCCCAACGAUCCCAUCCAGUGGGUGCCAGGGCCCAGCAGUCUCCUGAAGAGGGGACUCUGGGGGAUACUGAAGAGGGUGAAAAUGAAGAGGAGGAAGAGGAGGAAGAAGAAGAGGAAGAGGAGGCUAGGCCUCAGAAGCAACCUCCCCAGCCCAGCCCAGGACCAGGCCUACCUGUGUCCCCUCCCAGCCAGCCUCCUGGUCCCCAGCACCAUGAAUGGACUUAUGAGGAACAGUUUAAACAGCUGUAUGAGCUCGACGCAGACCCCAAGAGGAAAGAAUUCCUGGAUGACCUGUUCAGCUUCAUGCAGAAGAGGGGCACCCCAGUGAACCGCAUCCCAAUCAUGGCAAAGCAGGUGCUGGAUCUCUAUGUGCUGUACCGCCUGGUGACGGAGAAGGGGGGGCUGGUGGAGGUCAUCAACCGGAAGGUGUGGAGGGAGGUGACUCGGGGCCUGAGCCUGCCCACGUCCAUCACCUCGGCAGCCUUCACCCUGCGCACCCAGUAUAUGAAGUAUCUCUACCCCUACGAGUGUGAGACUCGGGCGCUCAGCUCUCCAGGGGAGCUCCAGGCCGCCAUCGACAGUAACAGGCGAGAGGGUCGCCGCCAGACUUAUGGGACUGCUCCGCUCUUCAGCUUCCCCGCGGCUGGGCCCCCUCCUCCUCGGGGACCCCCAGCUACAACCUCAGCCGCACCAGGUCUGCCAGCCCUCGCCUGCGCCCAACUCGGCCAUAGCCACGGGCAUGGCCACGCCCCCAUUAAGAAAGAGGAGGGCUCAGGGCCUGCCCCAGCAGUGGCUACACCACGAAUUUCACUACCAAUGGCCCUGGGUCCUAUGAGAGAAAAGAUAGGGCCAGAGGAACCCCCUGAGAAGAAGGCUGUGCUGAUGGGACCCGUGGAUCCUCCCCGUCCAACCUUGCCUCCCAAUCUCCUUCCCAGAAGCAAGGCUUCAGUCCGAGAAGAGCCACUGGAGGUGCCCCUUAACAUGGCAGGCAAUGGCAUCAGCAGCAUCAACAUGGCCCUGGAGAUCAAUGGCAUUGUCUACACUGGAGUUCUCUUUGCCCGGCGACCACCUACAUUGGCCUCAGCUACCAACAACAGCAGGAAUUCUCAGGGCCCAACAAGUCCUGGACCCCAUACCCCUCCAGGUCCCCUCUCAAGCACCUCACCUUGAGGAGACCUCAUGCUUAGGAACCUGGGGUCCCAGCUACAUCUUAUCCAUUGGAGGGAGGGGAAACCCCUUUCAUUGUGUCUUCCAGUCCCCUCCCCAACCUGGGCACUCCCAGGCAUAGGGGAAAAGAAAAAAACCUAAUUCUCCCCCCUCCCAGCUGAGUUCCUUCUCUAUUCCCUAUACCAAAUCACACCCCAACCCCCAUUAUGAACUUUGAAGCUAAACAUUUUGCUGCGAUAUAAUGUCUACCUCAUUAUAAUGGGGGUAAUGCUUCUGACCCCUGUUCCACCUGUACCUAUGUAGCCAAAGAACCUCCCCCCUUGUAUCAUAUACCAAAGAGCCCAGCUGCCCUCUUUGAGCUUGGUCUUAGACCCUGUCUCAGUUUCAGUACGCCCUUUGUCACCUCUUCCCAUCCCUAGUCAUCAACUCCCACCCACCCAUUUAUGUUCACCUAUCCCAUCUGAGCUCCUUGUCAGGCCCUGGACAGCUUUUCUUGGAGGGUCACAACCCAGGAGGACUCAGAGGAGGAAUCCAUUUUGGGGUCAGCAUAACCAGACAAUAA